AUGCAGAUCGACGGUGAGCGACGGCCCUCUCAGAGGCUGCCCGUCAACCCUCGCCGCCAUAAAGUAGCCCCCGAGCAGCGCAAACGCGUCGCCAAAGCCUGCAAUGUUCGUCGCAUAAAGUGCUCCGGCGAGAGGCCCUGCGCCUCAUGCGCCUCAGCCAAUCGCGAGUGCGUAUAUCCUGCGCCCAUAGAAAAAGUCUCCGUCUCCAAAUCAGAACUCGACGACCUCAAGAAAAAGGUUGAGCUUUACGAAAAGGCCUUGCAGGAUGCCCUCCCAGACCCUGUCAAACGACAUGAACUGCUUCAGCAUGCUGCUGGCAGCCCGCCGUCGGCCACUUCGCCAAUCCACAGCCCAUUCUCCGCCAGCAACCAUUUUGCCCCGAGUGUCUCCGGCCAGAGCACCCUGAUCAAACCCGAGCCAAUAGACGACGACCACACGACCGGUCGACUCCUGCAUGACGCCGACGGCACCGCCCGUUUCCAUGGUGAGACCAGCGGCGCCACCUUCUUGGAUCAUCUCAAGGAGCUUAUUGGUGCCGUCCUGCCCCUCGCACAGCAUCAGCAGCCCGCUCCUCACGAUGGAAGCGCCUUCUUGUCCUCUCUGGGCAAGUGUCAUACCGAUGACUCUCGUCCACUCGAUGAAAAAGAUGUAAAUCCGUUAUUGCUCCCGCCCCUAGCAUCCAUGGUCUCCAUGCUUUCUGAAGUCAGAUUCGUCGUCCAGGACGGCAACGGCUCAUGGCCGAGCGGCGGCAUCUACUGGUUCGGCGACCUAGCUCAACCGCCACAACCCCCAGUCCUGCCUCCAAAUCAAGCCUCUUUCGAUCCCGACGCAUAUCGCUCACUGGCUUUUCCCCAUGCUGCAUUUGCCGUCGCCGCACAUAGCACCUGCCCCUGGCCACCCAUAAACGAGUCAGAAGACAUCAAAUUUAGCGACUCAUUCUUCGCGCGAGCCUCUAUGCUACUACGGAACCCGCUCGAUAUUGGGCGUUGUUCCAUUCAGGACGUCUCCGCGUUUGCACUCAUGGCAUAUCACCUGGUAGAGGUUUGCAAACGCGACUCUGCCUACAUGCACAUUGCUGCUGCGUCUCAUUUGUGCAUCAUGCUUGGGGCGCACCGUGGCUGGGUAGAUGAGAAAGGCAAGCGCAUUUUCUGGACUGUUUACAUCUUAGAUAGAUGGCUCAGCUGUCUUAUGGGUCGUCCGCCCGUCAUUGCCGACGAUGCCAUUCGUAUCCCUCUUCCCUCUGAUGCCGCUGGUAUGCCGCCAGCAGCCGGCUUACGCGCCCACGUCGAACUCUCACGCAUUUCCGGUUACGUCGUUUGCAACACCUAUCGCAUAGCUCCUUGGGACUCUGUCAACGGCUCCGGCGACUCGUCACAGAGUCCUGGAAAGGUUAUGUGGAUGCUGGAGCAAUGGAAAAGCACUCUGCCCUUGCGCCUGCAACUUUCACCAGACGGUUUGAGCAAUGACCCAGCUUGCGUCAUGCUGCACAUGCGAUAUAACCAGCUGAUUAUUGUCGCUACUCGCCCACUUUUCUUCAUUGCGGUGAAGAAGUCGGUCGCGGAGCGCCUCAUGCCCCAGGGCAGCUCCAAGGAGUACAACAUACAGCUCGCUCAUCUUAGGAUGUGCAUCGACGCCGCGAGUAACAACAUCAAACUUGCCCGUCACUUCAUGACGAUCAACCGCCACCCGAAGCCGCUCCACGCUAUGCUGCACUAUUGUUUCAGCGCAUCCGUGUGCCUGAUCCUGGAAAGCCUCGUGUACCCGCAGCAAAGCGCCACCCCAGACCAGAACGCCAGCCGCAGCGCCGACAUUCAGUUUGCCCUCGACAUCCUCCAGGGCUGCGAACGCCUCAAGAGCGAUCCGAGCGACAAGUCGUGCACCGAAACGCUGCAUGACUUGCAGAUGCUGGUAGCCAGACUGACGACGCCCGUCCACCUCGACCCUCAAAUUGGCAACCCCCACUUGCAGGCGCUGGGACUUACCAACAGCUUCCCACAGCCGCCGCCGCCGCCGCCGAUGCCGAUUGAAUCGGAGCCUGCUUUGUACAAUGAGCUGGUCAAUUGGAUGGACGACGACUGGUUCAUGUACGGCACAUACAUGGACUAA